AUGGCGGUCACUACCAAAGCGACGAUUGCCUCCUUUGGGGGCAAGCUUCUAAAGCUCUCCCACAAUGCCUCUACUACCUCCUGCGAAAUGAAUUUCAAUCUCUACCUUCCUCCACAGGUGACCAAGAAUUCUCUCUACCAUGCCCCAUUACUCAUCUACCUAGCCGGUCUAACUUGCACUGGUGAUAAUGGCGCGGAGAAGGGCUUCUUCCAACAUGCAGCCAGCCAGAAAGGCAUAGCCGUUCUCUAUCCUGAUACGAGUCCUCGAGGACUCAAGAUCCAGGGAGAGGAUGAUGCAUAUGACUUUGGCAGCGGAGCGGGCUUUUAUGUGGAUGCUACGAAGGAGCCUUGGAGUAAGGGGUACAAGAUGUACAGCUACAUCACGGAAGAGCUGCCAAAGACAGUCUUUGAAGCGUUCAAGCAAAUAGAUGGGAAUCGAGUCUCAUUACUUGGACACAGCAUGGGUGGUCAUGGAGCUUUGACGCUGUAUUUGAAAAAUCCCGGAAAGUAUAAGAGCGUGUCUGCAUUCGCACCUAUCGCGAAUCCAACAAAGUGUCCUUGGGGUGAGAAGGCCUUCAAAGGAUACUUUGGAGACGACGAGAUGGCGAAGUGGGCAGAGCAUGAUGCGACAGAGCUUGUCAAGAAGUGGUCUGGAGCCCCACUGGACAUCCUCGUCGACGUAGGAACUGCCGACAAUUUUUACAAGCAGGGCCAGUUGUUACCGGAAAACUUCAUCAAAGCCGCAGAGGGGAAAGGAGAUGUCAACGUGAGAUGGCAGGAUGGUUAUGAUCAUAGCUACUUCACCAUGGCAAGCUUUGCAGACGACCAUGUUCUGCAUGCAGCUAAAUAUUUACUGGCGUAA